UCCCUGAGCUGGUAUGAAAUAGUGUCCGAGUGCGGGGGAUAAGAGGCUCCUCCACCGCAAUCGUAAUCAGCUCCCCCCUCGCUAUUUCAUUCUCAGCCCCCAUGGUUCCUUACACUUCUUGCGUUCGCGUACGCUGGCGGUGCCUAUGUAGAUGUAGGCAAAAGUCGGUCGAACAAUCGAACCGUACAAAUUGGACAUCAUAUGACAGCUUACCCCCGGCGAAAGCGGGCAGCAACGAUCGCCUCCCCGGUUUUGUUGUACUCAUCAGAGUCUACCCCAACAUUAACAUCAAUCUUACUUGUAGUGCAAGGUGUGCUCCUUGCGUUGCACCCGCUAAGAGAAAUGACGGCGAGCAUGCCAGUCAGCGACGGCGCUGCGACACAGCUUGCAUUUGCACCUGCCAUCGCUUCUCUCUUUGCACCAGCAUCAAGCACACCUCAGGCGGCUUCCUUUUACUCCCAGCAGGAAGCCUAUUCGAAAAACGGCAAGCUGGCCUACCUCACUGAGCCUCACUUUGGAUAUCAGUCCGACAAGCAGGCUGAUCGUACCAUCGAUAGGAAAGAGGAGCCGCAUAACGGUAGCUUUAACACCAUCGAGCGAUGCCCAAAGGAGAUCCUGUCCGAAAUUUGCGAGUGGGCCCUUUUCUACACUUGCGCCAAGAUGCUUGCACUUUAGUCUGUGCAACAAUGCAUCCCCGAUUCGCGUACCACAUCCGCCCGUUUCUGUUGUCUCAUCUUGAGAUCUCGUCCGUUCCAUCUUUGCAAUCGCUGCUUGCAAUGCUGUGCGAGCAAUCUUCAAGCAGCAGCAGCAGCAGUGGUGACGAAACCUCGGCAUCGCUUCCAUUCUUCC